AUUAGAAAAAAAAAAUUGAACUUUAUUUAAUGUUCCUUUUAUUUGCAUCAAUGGAAGUUUCUCAGUAACCAGAAGAGGAGAAGACGCAAAGAAGCAAAAGCCUAGAAAACCCUUUUGAUUGCUGUAAUCAUCAACCAUUCUGCAAUCCAUGGCUGGACCAUCAUGGUUGGUGGACAAAAGUAGAAUUGCAACCAAAAUAAAAAGUGCAUCAGGAGGGUGUGAUCCUGAACAAAUUGCAUGGAAAAGCAAUCCUUCCAAGACUUGCCCAAAUUGUCAACAUGCUAUCGACAACAAUGAUGUAGCACACGAGUGGCCUGGCUUACCAAAGGGUGUCAAAUUUGAUCCAUCUGAUCAGGAGAUAAUUUGGCACUUGCUUGCAAAAGUUGGUUCAGGAAAUUCAAGACCUCAUCCUUUCAUUGAUGAAUUUAUUGCUACACUUGAAGUGGAUGAUGGAAUUUGCUAUACUCAUCCGCAAAAUUUACCUGGUGUUAAGCAAGACGGAAAUGCUUCCCACUUCUUCCAUAGAGCAAUUAAGGCUUAUAAUACUGGCACUCGAAAGCGCCGAAAAAUUCAUGGUCAGGACUUCGGUGAUGUCCGUUGGCACAAGACUGGAAAGACCAAACCAGUAAUCUUGAAUGGGGUUCAGAAAGGCUGUAAAAAGAUUAUGGUUCUGUAUAUGAACACUGUAAGAGGAGGAAAACCUGAGAAAACUAAUUGGGUCAUGCAUCAAUAUCACUUAGGAACUGAAGAGGAUGAAAAGGAUGGGGAGUUUGUUAUCUCAAAAGUGUUUUACCAGCAGACGCUAGUCAAGCUGGGUGAUAAAGAUCACCAGAAUGUUACUGAGGCCAUUGAAACCACUGAAGCAACAAUUGUGAAAGUGGAUCCAGUCACUCCCAAAUCUGUAAGUCCUGAGCCUCUUUGUACUGAAAGGGAGUAUUCAGAUUUCGACGUAGGACCAGAAAUGCAUACCAUUCCUCAGCUUCCUCAGAUGGACCGUUUGGAUGAAAUUCGAGCUGAUUGUGAAGAUCUUUUAAAAGCUGAUCUAUUGAUGGUAGAAAAUCAACUUAAUGAAGACAUGGAUAAUCAAGAAAACAAUGCUGAUGAAGAGAAUAUGGAUAAUAAAGAGAACAAUGCUGAUGAAGGCCAAAAAUGGUGGGAUUGUGGGUCGCAGAAUCUGUUGGAUUCACAACAACUGGAUAACAAAGAAAACAAUGCUGAUGAAGGCCAAAAAUGGUGGGAUAGCGAGUCACAGAAUCUGCUGGAUUCGCAACAACUGGUCGAAGCGUUGUCCCUGUGUGAUGAUCUACUUCAUAGCCAGUCUCCCGGCAGAGAUGGUAAACGUGGAGAACAUAAGGAUCAACUUGGUCUUUCUGUUUAUGCUCAGCUAGGACCAGAGCAUCUGAAAAAGGACAUUGAAGAGUGCCAAAAACUUGUCCUCGACCCUGCAAAUAUAGAGCAUGAUACGCCGCCUUCCGAGUUUCGGCUAAGUCAACUGGAAUUUGGCUCACAGGAUAGCUUUACUUCUUGGGGUUACGGCAAGACUGUGAACUGAUAUGGUUCCUCACCUCAGCUGAGAAACAUAUUUUUUGUAACUAUUUUUUGUGGGUAACUUGCCCUCUGUUGUUGAUGAAUUAUGGGGAAAACUGAACUGUUACUCCCUAACUUUCGUAGUGUGUUUUUAUGAUGUUGAUGCUUUAACUUUUGUUCAACAUAAAUGGAAUCAGUUUGUUUCAUUUGGUUUAA